AUGGAUUUAAAACGUGAAGCGAGUAUUUGUCACAUGCUCAAACACCCUCACAUAGUUGAGUUAUUGGAGACUUAUAGCGCUGAUGGAAUGCUUUAUAUGGUAUUUGAAUAUAUGGAUGGUGCUGAUCUGUGUUUUGAAAUAGUGAAGAGAGCUAAUGCUGGCUUUGUGUAUAGUGAAGCUGUUGCAAGUCAUUAUUUAAGACAGAUAUUGGAAGCAUUGAGGUAUUGCCAUGACAAUGACAUAGUACACAGAGAUAUGAAGCCACACUGUGUUCUUUUAGCAACCAAAGAGAAUUCAGCUCCAGUCAAGUUAGGUGGAUUUGGAAUUGCCAUUCAGUUACCAGAAAAUGGUUACAUCACGUCAGGUCGGAUUGGAACACCACAUUUUAUGGCACCUGAAGUAGUGAAACGAGAACCGUAUGGCAAAGCUGCAGAUAUGUGGGGAUGUGGUGUCAUGUUAUACAUCUUACUAAGUGGAUCUUUGCCAUUCUAUGGAACAAAAGACAGAUUAUUCGAUAGCAUUGUAAAGGGGAAAUACUAUCUAAAGACUAAAGCAUGGGAGCACAUCUCUGAAGCUGCUAAAGACUUACUUCAAAAAAUGCUGAGUGUUGAUCCAGAAGAAAGAAUUACUGUUGAUCAAGCACUGUCACAUCCAUGGCUUCGAGACGGUAGUUUAGAAAGAUUGGCUAAGGAAUCUGAAUUACUUCGUCAGGCAUAUGGACACUACUUUGAUCUGACUAUCGUUAAUAAUGAUAUUGAAGAGACCAUAAAAACUUUAGAAAAUGCAAUAGAUGAAAUCUGUACCACACCACAGUGGGUUCCUGUCAGCUGGGUUUAUUAG